AUGGCCAGUCUCUUUUCGCUGGGCCUCGCUCGACCGGCUCUCGCCCGGCUGGGACCCCCGACGGGGCUCAGUGCCACCACGGCCGCCCUCUGCAAGUACCCGCCCCGGGCGGCCUACUCCACCGAUUCAUCGGACUCGCCCGGGGGCAAGGCCCGCGGGCGGCGCACGCGCCCGGCACCCCCCACCUCGCAGGCGGCCCUCCUCCCCCGGGCCCAGCCGGCGCACGACCGCAUGCUCCGGCUGCACGAGCGCCACGGGCGCAUCCAGCGCACGGAGCUCGAGCGCCUGGUGACCGAGGCAUCGGAGCGCGCCGCGCAGCAGAUGGCCGACGCCGCGUCCGAGGCCAUCCGCGAGGAGGAGCGCCGGAGCCAGCAGCUCGCGCACGAUGCCGUGGCCGCGGCCCUGGCUGAGGCGGAGCUGGAGGCCGCCCGCGCGCGGCUCCGCGCCGCCGCCACCGCCGCCACCCAGCAGCAGCAGCAGCAGCACGGCGCCCCCGUUCCCGAGGGGGGACCAGCGCCGGAGGCCGGGGCCAUGGUGGCCCCGCAGCCGGCCACGCGCGCGCGCGUCCCCCUCUGGCUGUCCUCGGCCAAGAACAGCCUCAAUGAGCGGACCCACUUCGUGCCGGCCACCUUCGACCCGGCGGCCGGCGACCACCGCCACCACCUCCCGCAGUACAACUCCGACGGGGUGCUCAAUCCGCGCGGCCUGCCGGACGGCUAUAUCCCCACCUUGCAGGAGCUUGUGGACCUGCUGCGCUUCGAGGGCGGCCAGGAUGUGGUGGUCCUCGACACGACGUGGCGCGCCAGCAGCCUGCACCAUCUGAUCGUGGCCACCGGCCAGUCGCCGCGGCACUUGCGGUCGCUCGCCGAGGCCGCGUCCCAGGCGCUGCGCUACAGCCACGGCCGCUACCGGGCCACCCACUCGGUGAGCCUGGAUGAGGAUGCCGGGCCGGGGGCCGGGCCGCGGCUGGUCCGCGAUCCGCCCCCUCCGGCCCCGAUCGAGGGCAAGCCGGCCGACGGGUGGAUGACCGUCGACACCGGGGCCCUCAUGCUGAGCUUCAUGUCGCCCUCCUACCGGCAGUACUACGACCUGGAAACCCUCUGGACCGGCAUGGAUGUUGACGACUGGGUGCCGGAGUUCCGCCAGCGCAGCCUGGAGGACGGCCCGGCGGAGUAG